UUCAUUCUACAACUUUUCACGUUCCUGGUUUUCACACAGAGGCGCAGAACAGAAGAACAUGGAAGGUUCCAACCUCAGUGGCGGUUCCAGUCAAAACAUUCGAUGCCAUCACUGCGCAGGACCCCUUUCAAAGGAUAUGGAAACCAGUAAUUGGAACGUUUCCCCCCUCAUCAGGGAUAGCUUUUCUAUGAUUGGUUCUGCCUUUGGUGGCAUCACAAGUGCAUUUUAUGGCUUCAACCAUGUUAUGCCAAUUGUCCGGAGGUCGGUUAAGGGACCCAUGUGGUUACAUUUUUUUGUUGGCACACCACCUGUGAUAGUAUUCUCUUCAGCAUGUGCAGGACUGGCAGGUGGGGCUGUUCCUGCUUUUGCACAACUUGUUUCCUCAUCUUACCACGCAGCAAUGUCAUCGCCUCCUUCAAAGGAUGAAAAGAUUCAGAAAUCAAGAACUUCCUCUACUCUAUAAUCAUGCAUUCGUACUGCCUGUGCUUACAGUUUUGUUUCUCUUGUGUAAAUACUGCUCUUGAGCUUUAGUGCUCCACUGUGUAAUUUCAGAUCCUAUCAGCUGGUUCUUGAGAUCAGAUAGAUGCAUCAUCCAUGAUUGAUAGUUUGGUUUAUUAUGUUAUGAUUUCUUUAAUAAGGAUUUCAUGUUGCUUGUUAGGUUCCCUUUGCAAUCUCCUCAGCUAUUUUUAUUUAUUAUCCAUGUAACUUCUGCAUCCUUUGGUUAUAUUUCGGAUGCCUUCAUUUUACAAUAGUGAAAACGAUCUCUAUAUUGUUUAUCCCCCAGUUUAUGUUGUAUUUAAGUAAU